CCCCCUGCCAAGACCGCUAUAAACCCCUUCUCAUCCAUCCUCCCGGGGCUGGGGAGAGGAGGGCUGAGCUGCCCGACACGGGCGGGGCGGAGCCCGGAGCCCGGAGCCCCGAGCCCCACCGAGCGCUGCGGAGCGAACCUCACCUCCCUUCCAGGACUCAAGUGUGACUGACUGCCUCAUGUUGUGUUGAUGCUGGUCUGCCAUGCUAGCCUGUCUACCAGGGCCAGGUGACCUGUCCUUUCAGCUUCUUUCUCACACGCAGAUGAACACUGGACUUCAGAAAUGGGACACUACACAGAAAAUGAGAACUGCUCACUAUCCUACCCCAGCCGAAUUGGACGCGUAUGCUAAGAAGGUCGCAAACAACCCACUGACUAUAAAAAUCUUCCCCAACAGUGUGAAGGUUCCCCAGCGGAAACACGUUCGUCGUACUGUGAACGGCCUCGACACAUCAGCCCAGCGCUACAGCCCCUACCCGACUCAGGCUGCCACCAAGGCAGGCCUGCUUGCCAUUGUCAAAGUGCCAGCCAAAAGCAUUCUCAAGGACUUUGACGGCACCCGAGCCCGGUUGCUCCCUGAGGCCAUCAUGAACCCCCCAGUGGCGCCCUAUGCUACUGUGGCACCCAGCACUUUAGCCCACCCCCAGGCCCAGGCUCUGGCCCGCCAGCAGGCCCUGCAGCAUGCACAGACCCUGGCCCAUGCCCCUCCCCAGACGCUGCAGCACCCUCAGGGUAUCCCGCCACCCCAGGCGCUGUCCCACCCUCAGAGCCUCCAGCAGCCUCAGGGCCUGGGCCACCCUCAGCCCAUGGCCCAAACCCAGGGCUUGGUCCACCCUCAGGCCCUGUCUCACCAGGGUCUCCAACACCCCCCCAACCCCUUGCUGCAUGGAGGCCGGAAGAUGCCAGACUCAGAUGCCCCCCCGAAUGUGACCGUGUCUACCUCAACUAUCCCCCUUUCGAUGGCGGCCACCCUGCAGCACAGCCAGCCCCCGGACCUGAGCAGCAUCGUGCACCAGAUCAACCAGUUUUGCCAGACGAGGGCGGGCAUCAGCACUACCUCAGUGUGUGAGGGCCAGAUCGCCAACCCCAGCCCCAUUAGUCGCAGUCUGCUCAUCAAUGCAAGCACUCGGGUGUCGACCCACAGCAUCCCCACACCGAUGCCUUCCUGUGUGGUCAAUCCCAUGGAGCACACCCAUGCGGCCACAGCCGCACUGCCCGCUGCAGGCCCUGUCAACCUGCCCACGGGCAUCUCUCGAGCCCCUACUGGCUACCCUAGCGACCUCAAGCCAGUCGCCUGGAACCAGCACCAGCUGGCCCACUUGCAACAGAUGUGCAGUGAGGCCGGUGGGACGCCGGCCCCUGGCCUGACAGGCAAGCAUGCGGCAGGACGCGAGUUGGCAGGGCCUGGCUUUGUGGGCAAGGCCCCUGCCUACCCGCAGGAACUCUGCCUGGCACAGUCCUUCCAUCUGAAGCCACCCCUGGAGAAGCCAACCCCAUCCCCACCUGUCAACGGCCUGGCAGCCCCACUGGCCUACCCCAAUGGUCACUACUUCCAACCCCUGUGGAACAACAUUCUGCCCACUCCCAAUAGCGACAGCUCGGGGUCUCAGGACCUAGCCGUGCCGUUCCACGGUGGGCAGCCUGCAGGUGCACCCCUCGACUGUGCGGCGGCUGCUGGGGCCCACUACCGGGCAGGGACCGGGGGCGGCCCAGUGGCGAGCCAGAACAGCUUGGUGCAAACAGUGGAUUACCUAAGUGGGGAUUUCCAGCAGGCCUGCUUCCGAGAGCAGGGCCUGGCCGUGCUGAGCAAGGCCCACCGAGCCCCCGGCAGCCGAGCCCCUGACCCCACAGAUAGUCGGAGUCUUCAUAUUCAGCACCCGGGGUAUAGAUAGGUAGGCCCCGUGCCCUCCACAAGCUACACAUCAUACAUCACCCUUCUAGGUUUAGUCUUUUGAGUAAUUGGAUAGUUUCCAAGUUUUACUGCUCCAAUGUGAUCAUUCUUAGAUGUCUAAGAAAGGGAAUGUGGUGGGAUCUAAUUGAGGACAGAAGGGGGAUCCUCUGUGCCCUCAUCUUCUUCUCUACCAGCCCCAGCAACUUGUGGGUUUAUGUUAGAACCUAAUCCCAACCCCAGACUUUUCUUCUGAUGCCUGUGUAUCAAUCAAGUCCCUCCCCCUCUGUCAUUUUCCACCAGCCUAUGUCAAUUGCUGUCCUGUUUCCCUUAGGACUGAGGUGUGAGCUAAGGGAAGGGCCCUAGGUGAGGUAGCUGUAGGUCUCCAGACACCCAAGCUAGGCCUCUCUCUGUCUCUCUGUCUCCCUUUCUCUGGACUAAGAAGCCAGACAGCUCUGGAAGCUAAUUCCGUAUUUACCCAAAGACCUCAAAUUAAAACUGACCUAGGCUUCAUCUCCUCCCAGCCCAGCCCCUCUCCAUUCGUCAAGGCUUUGUUGUACAUCUGCAUUGAUCCCAGAACCACUGCAACUGUCCUAGCGACAGCCUUGAGACAGGAGGGGGAAAAACCUGUCUUCGUAUUGAUAUCUCAGUUCCUGACUCCCCUUCCAUCCCUAGAGAAAUUCUGUGACCGUCCAGCAUACCCAAGAUCUUUCUCACUGUUCUCUCCCCUAACACCUGCUGCCCUCAUCCCCCAUCCCCCUACCUCUCCCCCAAAAGCAAAACAAAACAAAAAUCUUGAGGAAUUAGGUAGUAGGGAAGGGAUGAUCACAUUGGAGUUUGGAAUUAAAAACACUGAAAAAAAAAGUUAAAAUGCAUUUGGUUCUCUCUACACUGGCUUAAGAAUAUUGCUCUACACUGUUUAACACGUCCUGUUUCUGUAUGAAUGUAGUGUGGGUUUGAGUAGCAUUGUGUGUGAGCGGUGUCCCACAGGUGCAUUUACCCUCUAGUCACCUUUCUCAGCCCCUCAGUUUAAUGAAGAAAGAAAGGAAAAAAAAAAAAACACAAAGCCUUAAGCUCUCUGAAUUUUUCCCUUACCAAAUGAGCACGGUUCUAACAGCUGGAGAUGGGCCUCUAUGGGAAACAGCCCCUCCUGCCCCUCGCCUGUUCUUCACCCAUCCACCCUGUGCUAAACGCGUCUCGUUCCCAGGCGACAGUUAGCUGGCUAGAAAUUUAAAGCUUUUCUGUAACUUAGAUUAUGUUUUGUUGUAAUGUUUUGCACCCUUCUGUUAAAGAUGCAUAGUUGGCUUUUUUUGUUUUUUUUUGUUUUUAAACCAAAUAAGCCCUACCCUUUCCUCUUGUCUCUGGGGAAUGUGAGCUAAUGUUCUUAUUUAAGAUUUUGGGUUUUGUUUACUAUACUAUCCACUGUUCUUUAGCCAGAACUUCUCUAGUGAUCUGAAGCAAUGUGACUGAAGACCAUUUUUUAAAUUAUGUGUUGGCGAGAUGCCUUAUAUUUAAAAAGAGAAAAAAAAAAAGCCUGAUUGUGUUAUGCCAAAUGAUAGCAACAUGAAGUCCUAAUUUAUUACUCCCAAUUGUUUUCCUGCCGUCUGUGAACACUGGUACCUCCCUGUCCCUGAGCCCCCAGGAGCACCUGUAGCUCCUGGUGUGAUGCCUUCUCCCAGUGUGUUGGCCAUCUCACCCCGGGCCCCCUUCCUGUUCUCACUUCUCUUGAGUUAAACUGAAAGAACACCAUUGUCUCCCCUUAUCCCUCGCUUGAUCUUCAAGCCAGAUAUUUUUGCUGUAAUUUUUUCCAAUGCCUCUCCCCAAAAGGUGAGCUGCCAUUUUAGGAAAUUGGACCAGACACCAACUUGGGGGCUUAAAAUCAAACCUCAAACCCAUCUCUUCCUGUGUAGGGGUGCAAGUCUGAAGCGCUCACUCUCACCCCUUGUCUGCAUGGAAAAUGUACUGUGACUCCUACCCCCACCCCCCAACUGCCCUUGCCUUUGGUGUGAGAUGUUUCCUAGUUCACCCUGAGCCCCUCUCUUCCUCUGCCAGCCAACCCCCAACCAGCAAUAAGGGGCCAAGCCAGGGCCUCCUAGCCACACUCCCUGCCUCCACCCCACACUGCCCUAGAAAAUACCUUGGAUUCCCCUGCUGCCCACAUACUGUAGCAUUCGUUCUCCAUCUCUCUCCUCAUCUCACCUGUGGUGGUUUAUGGGCGUGAUGGGGUUUUUAAGAUUAUCAUAAACCAGUAAAAAGAAAAAAC